GUAAGAGCCCAUACAGUGUGUUGUUGGAUGAGUGGGUGUGUUGUAAUACUUUUUAUAGUUCGACCCGUGGAUUAAGUACGAUGAAAUUCGCCUGCUUUAUACUCGCAGCGUGCGCCUGCGCAUGCGUAUCGGCCGAUCCUGCAAUCAGUCAGAUCAGGCCGGUGUCCAACAGGCCCGGAAGGUUCCUCUCACUGCCAAAUCCACAGAAAUGUUCAAACAGGCCGAAACAGUUCUUCUACAGGGGCCACAACUACUUCUUCAGCGAACAUGUACCUGAACUUGCAGGAAGGAAGGUGGACUGGUUAGACGGCAGGAAUAUCUGCAGGGAGUACUGCAUGGACUUGGUUUCCAUGGAAACGCAAGAGGAGAACAAUAUGAUUUUCAAACUGAUCCAACAAAACGAUGUCCCCUACAUCUGGACGUCCGGCAGGCUGUGCGACUUCAAGGGCUGCGAGAACCGCGCCGACCUCGAACCCAAGAACGUCUUCGGUUGGUUCUGGUCCGCCAACCGCGAGAAGAUCCAACCCACCAACAGGACGCCCGCUGGCUGGGGCUACAACCCCUGGUCUCAGACCGGCCACAAGAAACAGAGGCAACCCGACAACGCUGAAUUCGACAUUAACGGCACCAGCGAGUCCUGCCUCUCCAUCCUGAACAACGUCUACAACGACGGCAUCGCCUGGCACGACGUCGCCUGCUACCACGAGAAGCCCGUCAUCUGCGAGGACUCCGACGAGCUGCUCAACUACGUGGCAUCCACGAACCGCGGUAUCCGCUUGUAGAUGUCCCCCUUUUCCGAGACCCGUUUUACAUUUACCAAUUUUUGACCCAAUGAGUUGAUAAAGAAUUGGCCAGAUUAAAUUGACAAGUGUUGAGGUAAAUUUCCUAGCUGCGAUAAAUUGGACAAGAUAGUGGCCAAUCUUCGUGACUUUUCGUCACUUUUGAUAUUCACAGAUGCCACCGAUUUUAUUUAUUUGUAGGCAAUAGCGGGAAUUUUAUAAUUUAGGCCGAAUCUCGAUGAGAACACAAUAUAUUUACUUGUUGACGUUUCGUCAUCAUAUAGUGUGACAUCCUCAGAAUAUUACAGUAAAAUUAAUCAAUAACAUAAAAUCAUGUUCCAGUGCGAAAUAUUAUUAUAGCUAGUUUAGUUUUUUAGAUUAUUUUGUUAUUAUUAAUGUAGUCAAUUUUCAAUUCAUAGAAUUCUGGGUAUUAACCUAAAUUUUUUUAUAAAAAUUUAACCAUGGUGCUCUGCGGAUGUUAAAAUAGUGUUGCAAAUAAAUAAAAUUAAAGUCGCUACUAAUAUUCUUCAUAUGUAGUAUCAAUUUUGUUUUUGUUAAUAGCCUUUUUCAAAAUAUUUAAAGAGGUAGGUUCCAUAUACCGGGUAGGAAAGUA